ACUACAAGGAAGAAGAAGAAGCCAAAGUUAUGACCGGAAGUCUCCUAUUUCUGCUCAUGCUGUUGAGGAAACCAGCAGUUCACAGACGCAUUUACUAUUUCCUCCUUGAGGUAAAGAAUUUCCUAAUAUUAAAGAAAGAAGUACACGGUAGUGCCCCUAUGUUCUAAAGAUACCAGAGAUGAAAAAACAAGACACUGACGAGGCAGCCCCCCAGGGCGGUGAAGAUGCUCCAUCUAAUGUUAGAGCAGGAGGGAUGGAGUCACCUGCAGCUGCAAAAGACAGCUUAGACAGCAACAGCCCCAAGGAGUCUGAACCACAGACAGACACCCCGCCCCAGACAGACACCCCGCCACAGACAGACACAUCUCCACUAGGCGAGGAGGCGGGUAGUGAAGUUGCAGAGGCAGCACUUUCUCGUGACAUGGCUGAGGAGCUGAGCCGGCAGCUGGAGGACAUCCUCAGCACCUACUGUCGGGAAGCCAUUUCAGACAAAGCCAGCACCGUUCCCAAUGGCCAAUCGCAUAGCCCGGAGCUCAAUGGCCUGACCAAUGAGGGGGAGGACGGCAAGCCAGAGGGCAAAGUCAACGGAGCUGGCAACGGAUUGGAGAAAGAUCAGAAGAAAACUCAGGAUAAGAAGAAACUGAAGGGUCUGGGGAAAGAGAUCACUCUUCUUAUGCAGACUCUGAACACACUGAGCACCCCAGAGGAAAAGCUAACAGGCCUCUGUAGGAAGUAUGCUGAACUGCUGGAAGAGCACCGUAACACCCAGAAGCAGAUGCGAGUGCUGCAGAAGAAGCAGAACCAGGUGGUCCAGGAGAAAGACAACCUCAGGAACGAACACAGCAAGGCCAUCCUGGCUCGCAGCAAGCUGGAGAGUCUCUGCAGGGAGCUACAGAGACACAACCGCACACUCAAGGAGGAGGGGAUCCAAAGAACACGUCUGGAAGAAGACAAAAGGAAGGAAGUGACCUCCCAUUUCCAGGUGACCCUGAACGACAUCCAGGCUCAGAUGGAGCAGCACAACGAGAGGAAUGCAAGUCUCCGACAAGAAAACACUGAAUUGGCUGAGAAACUGAAGAAACUCUAUGAACAGUACAAACUACGAGAAGAGCACAUAGACAAAGUGGUGAAGCACAAAGACCUGCAGCAACAGCUGGUGGACGCCAAGCUGCAACAGGCUCAGGAGCUGCUGAAGGAGUCGGAGGAACGCCACGACCGAGAGAAACACUUUCUGCUGAAAGAAGCAGUGGAGUCUCAAAGGAUGUGUGAGCUGAUGAAGCAGCAGGAAGUUCACCUCAAACAGCAGCUGUCACUGUACACGGAGAAGUUUGAAGAGUUUCAGACCACUUUGUCCAAGAGCAAUGAGGUCUUCACCACAUUCAAACAGGAGAUGGAGAAGAUGACUAAAAAGAUCAAGAAGCUGGAGAAGGAGACGGCCAUGUAUCGGUCCAGGUGGGAGAGCAGCAACAAGGCUCUUUUGGAGAUGGCAGAAGAGAAGUCUACGCGGGACCGCGAGUUUGAGGCCCUUCAGGGUAAAGUCCAGCGGCUCGACAAGCUGCGGCGGGCGCUGAAAGUGGAACGCAACGAGCUCAACAAGAAGGUUCAGAACCUCAACGGUCGGGACAGUGUCACGGCAGAGGCCUCCGCCUCCGAACCAGUGACCGACUCCCCCUCUCCUCCGCCUACAGACUCUUUACUGGAGCCCAGCAGCCACCUGGACCCGGACACCACCCCCUGCUCCCAGUCCUGCCACUGUGACCCAGAACUGGACACAGACACCCUACUAGAAGAGGCAAAGGCUCUGCCCGUCGCUGCACAGGAAUGAAGCGACGCGGCUCCCUGUCUCCUCUUCCCCUCCAGCGUAAAGCCUACCGACAAGCCACUACUCCUCUGCUGGAUGAAGCUGUUUAGAUAGCACGGUCAACUUGUGUCCUCCCAGCAUGCUCUGCAGGCUUUAUAAAGGUAGAGCGAAGACUGUGCCUCAUCUGUUGGCCCAUUUACCUGCACACCAUAACACAGUUACAGUUAAUAACUCCAUUAAGGUAAUAGUUUGAUUGAAGCAUUUACAUGGUUUACAAUAACCUCAUUUCCCUCAGUAAUCUGAUAAUUCGGAUUCCUUUAUUGGUUAAUUACCACAACCAGGCUACAGGAAACAUGUCAUUAGCAACACAGAGUUUCAAGUUGAUUAAAAAUUUCAUUUAUUAGUGUGAAAUGUCCCCGUUUCUGGUGACGCUACAAAAACGUGUUGCACGUGAUAUUUAUAUAGGAACGUGGCAUCCAGUCUAAAACUGGCCCUGAAUCCAAACAUUGGAAGAAAUCAGACAUGAGUGAUAUACAUGUCAGAAUAAUUCAACUUAAACCCUAACUUGACUAAGACCACCCUGUUCGUACCACGGCGGCAACUGUCUGUACUAAUGUAAUUAUUAGUGUGCGUGUAAAUGCACAGACUUCCUCUGUGUCGUGCUCCUUUACUACACAUUCCCUUUUUGAAUUGCAUCAAAAACACAGAACUGCUUGGCCAGAUAAGUAACUAUGCUGCGUGGGAUGACACAAGCUGUGUGUGCGUGCAUUCUAAAGGCCACUUACAGUAAUUUAAUGUUUUUCUUUCAAAUGAAGUCUUAACAGGGUUGUGUAUAGCAAGUUUAUUCUUUAGCAAAUCCAAUUAUUAUUCACCUAAAAAUAAGAUCGAAUUCUACAUCGUUAUUUAAGGACCAUUUUAAGGAAAUGUUUCUUAGUUUUCUUGUUUGCAUCACCCCGCUUCAUUUGCAUAGCGUUUGAUUUCUUCAUUCUUGUGUUUAUUGUUUAAAGCAUAUUCUCUAUUGAAAUAUGUAUCUUACGGAACACCACUAUAAAAUAAAUCUGUUUAUUUUUUACUAAUUUAGAACAUGUGUAACAGUUUUACUUGUAUGACUUGUAUCAACUUUUCAUUCCUAACCUUUCUGAGUUCAGUCGAUAAAACCUUGUAACGAUGACCACUUGAAACUUUUUGGGACAUUGGUAUGCGAAGGAGACAGGUAUAGUUUUUGGUGAACACCUUUUUUAAAUCUUUCUUCAAAAUAUGAUUCCAUACUGUUCGAUGUCUGGGCAGAGUCUGCCUCGAGAGCAUGCUCAGACCUCCAUUUUGUUCCAUCCAGAUUCAUCCAAAAAUCAGGGUGAUUCAGACGGAGCAUAAGCCAAACAAACUCCUCCUGGAACCAGAGCGGAGGAAGAGAGCCUUAGAUGUGAUCCAGGACUAGCAGGACUAGAAUAUGUGCAGCACACCGGAAAGGAGAAAAAGAAAAACGGUUGAAGAAGGACAGAAAGCGUUGGAUGUGGAGGGCGACCCUGAAGUGUCGAAGCAAGCCGUGUUCAAACGGACAACGAAGCCAUUAACAGAGCUUGAAAUCGAAAGGAGGGAAAUGGGCAAAAAAGGUGUUCACAAUAACAGACUA